GAUCUCAUCGCACAUCGAGACCCGUUGAAGAUCAGCCUCGACGGACUUGAGAAGCAUAUCAACAGCGCCUGCCAGAUAGGCCAACGCUCGGCCCGCAUUGCAGAGCUCGAGCAGGAUUAUGCGGUCACCCUCUACAUGAUCAUGUACGCCAGGGACCCGAAGGCCCGCGCAGAGCAGCAGAAAGCGUACGUCGACACGAUCAGACGGCCGCCGCGGCUGCGUGCGUCGCUGCGAGCCGCCGACGUCGACCUGGCAGUCCAGGUCAGCGGCCUCGCCGCCCGGAUGGCGAAAAUCCAGCAGGCCCUCGCGGCUGUCAUCGUCGACGCCUCGCCGGCGCAGCCGGCGGGGCAUGGCCAGUUGCCGGCGCCUGCGAGCCAAUUGGCCCGCGUAGGAGGCAGUGACGAGCCCGGGUCAGGGAGAGCGGCGUCGGCGCCAGUCAAGCCAGCGGGCCCCAAGAUCGCCCCGGAGAAGAUCGCCAUAGGGAUCGCAGCGGGCAAAUCGACUGUCGAGCGCGUCCCGGUCAGCGCCCUCAAGGCCGCCUUCGACAAGGGCAGCGCCCGCGGGGCAGCCGCCGAGGGCGUCGUGGUGGCCGCAGACGAGAACGGCGUCGACGAGGGCAUGGGCGACGCGCGCUUGAAGGAGUGGUGGGCAGCAACCACCACGCUGGCGCAGCAGGCGAGGCUGGGAGCAGAGCAGCUAAUCGCGCUUGCGGAUGCGAGCGCAGCGGUCGGCAGCGCGUUCUCCGGAGCAAUGGGCUCUCGAGACAAGGAUGGAGAUACUUCAGCCAAGAGAAGGGACUACGUCACUGUCUCAGGCGGCAUAGCAGUCAUGGAGCAGGGAGUGGAAGGCGCGAUCGCCCGCGCCGUUUCAAAGGAAGAUCACCAGGCAGCCAAGGCACUUGUCAUGUUCCCACCCUCGGGGCACGUCCAAGAAUGCUCGGCGCCGCGCAGAGUCCCGGAUUACCCUGCUUUGUGCGAUGACCCAGAGGCAUGCAGCGAGCUCAAGAAGCUGCUUGCAGAGGCGCCGGCGGUGGAAUACGACGUGCGCAAGCACACUCCCAGCCUGGGCGGCAUUUCGGGCAAGCUGCUGGCUAAGUUCGGCGCUGACUUAGGUCGCGUCUACUCUCCAGUCGCCACUAAGGCUGGACUGCGCAUAGAGGG